CCCUCGCGCCCCCGCGCGACGCGGCGCCUGCUGACCCGGCAGCUCGCCAGUCGGCCCGCAGCGCGGCGGAGGAAACUUCAAUAUAACUUUGGUAGAGGAUUUGCUUCUUUAUUUCUGGACUGCAUACAUAAACCAGCGCCAUCAUCAGAAUGUCGGGAGCCUCAGUGAAGGUGGCUGUUCGGGUGCGGCCCUUCAACUCUCGAGAGACCAGCAAGGAAUCCAAGUGCAUCAUCCAGAUGCAAGGCAACUCGACCAGUAUUAUUAACCCAAAGAACCCGAAGGAAGCUCCAAAGUCCUUCAGCUUCGACUACUCCUACUGGUCUCAUACCUCGCCUGAAGAUCCCUGCUUUGCAUCUCAAAACCGUGUGUACAAUGAUAUUGGAAAAGAAAUGCUCUUACAUGCCUUUGAGGGAUACAAUGUCUGUAUUUUUGCCUAUGGGCAGACUGGUGCUGGGAAAUCUUAUACAAUGAUGGGCAAACAAGAAGAAAGCCAAGCUGGCAUCAUUCCACAGUUAUGUGAAGAGCUAUUUGAGAAAAUCAAUGACAACUGUAAUGAAGAAAUGUCUUAUUCUGUUGAGGUAAGUUAUAUGGAAAUUUACUGUGAGAGAGUCCGAGAUUUGCUGAAUCCAAAAAACAAGGGCAAUUUGCGUGUACGUGAACAUCCACUUCUUGGACCAUAUGUGGAAGAUCUGUCAAAACUGGCGGUCACUUCCUACACAGACAUUGCUGACCUCAUGGACGCUGGGAACAAAGCCAGGACAGUGGCAGCCACCAACAUGAAUGAAACAAGUAGCCGUUCCCACGCUGUGUUCACCAUUGUUUUUACCCAGAAGAAACAGGACACUGAGACCAACCUUUCCACUGAGAAGGUCAGUAAAAUCAGCUUGGUGGACUUAGCAGGAAGUGAGCGGGCUGAUUCAACUGGUGCCAAAGGAACUCGAUUAAAGGAAGGAGCAAAUAUUAAUAAGUCUCUUACAACUUUGGGCAAAGUCAUUUCAGCAUUGGCAGAGGUGAGUAAAAAGAAGAAAAAAACGGAUUUUAUUCCAUACCGGGAUUCUGUACUCACUUGGCUCCUUCGGGAGAAUCUAGGUGGCAAUUCUCGGACUGCCAUGGUUGCUGCUCUGAGCCCAGCAGAUAUCAACUACGAUGAAACCUUGAGCACGCUGAGAUACGCUGAUCGUGCAAAACAAAUUAAAUGUAAUGCUGUUAUCAAUGAGGACCCCAAUGCCAAACUGGUUCGUGAAUUAAAGGAGGAGGUGACGCGGCUGAAGGACCUUCUUCGUGCUCAGGGGCUAGGAGAUAUUAUUGAUACAUCCAUUGGGUCUCUUACUUCAUCUCCAUCUUCCUGCUCACUCAAUAGUCAGGUGGGCUUAACAUCUGUGACCAGUAUUCAGGAGAGGAUCAUGUCUACACCUGGAGGAGAAGAAGCCAUUGAGCGGCUAAAGGAAUCAGAGAAGAUCAUAGCUGAGCUGAAUGAGACCUGGGAAGAGAAACUGCGUAAAACAGAGGCCAUCAGAAUGGAAAGGGAGGCCCUGUUAGCUGAGAUGGGAGUUGCCAUUCGAGAAGAUGGAGGAACCCUGGGGGUCUUCUCACCUAAAAAGACUCCACAUCUUGUUAACCUCAAUGAAGACCCACUAAUGUCUGAAUGCCUACUUUAUUACAUCAAAGAUGGAAUUACGAGGGUUGGCCAAGCAGAUGCUGAGCGGCGCCAGGACAUAGUGCUGAGUGGGGCUCACAUUAAAGAAGAGCAUUGUAUCUUCAGGAGCGAGAGGAACAACUGUGGUGAAGUUAUUGUCACUCUAGAGCCCUGUGAACGCUCAGAAACCUAUGUAAAUGGCAAGAGGGUGGCUCAGCCUGUCCAGCUGCGCUCAGGAAACCGUAUCAUCAUGGGUAAAAAUCAUGUUUUUCGCUUUAACCACCCGGAGCAAGCACGGGCUGAACGAGAGAAAACACCUUCUGCCGAGACCCCCUCUGAGCCUGUGGACUGGACAUUUGCUCAGAGAGAGCUUCUAGAAAAACAAGGAAUUGAUAUGAAACAGGAGAUGGAAAAAAGGUUACAGGAAAUGGAGAUCCUUUACAAAAAGGAGAAGGAAGAAGCAGAUCUUCUCUUGGAGCAGCAGAGACUGGAUUAUGAGAGUAAAUUGCAGGCCUUGCAGAAGCAAGUUGAAACUCGAUCCCUUGCUGCAGAAACAACUGAAGAGGAAGAAGAGGAGGAAGAAGUUCCUUGGACACAGCAUGAAUUUGAGUUGGCCCAGUGGGCCUUCCGGAAAUGGAAGUCUCACCAGUUCACUUCAUUAAGGGACUUACUCUGGGGCAAUGCUGUUUACCUGAAAGAGGCCAAUGCCAUCAGCGUGGAAUUGAAAAAAAAGGUGCAGUUCCAGUUUGUUCUGCUCACUGACACCCUGUACUCCCCUUUGCCUCCGGAGUUACUUCCCACGGAGAUGGAGAAAACUCACGAAGACAGACCUUUCCCUCGGACGGUGGUUGCGGUAGAAGUCCAGGAUCUGAAAAAUGGAGCAACACAUUAUUGGUCUCUGGAGAAACUCAAGCAGAGGCUGGAUUUGAUGCGAGAGAUGUAUGACAGGGCAGGGGAGAUGGCCUCCGAUGCCCAAGACGAGAGUGAAACCACCAUGACAGGCAGUGAUCCAUUUUAUGAUCGGUUCCAUUGGUUCAAACUUGUAGGAAGCUCCCCCAUUUUCCACGGCUGUGUGAAUGAGCGCCUGGCCGACCGCACACCCUCCCCCACUUUUUCCACGGCCGAUUCCGACAUCACUGAGCUGGCUGACGAACAGCAAGAUGAGAUGGAGGAUUUUGAUGAUGAGGCAUUCGUGGAUGACACCGGCUCUGACGCAGGGACGGAGGAGGGGUCAGAUCUCUUCAGUGACGGGCAUGACCCGUUUUACGACCGAUCCCCCUGGUUCAUUUUAGUGGGAAGGGCAUUUGUUUACCUGAGCAAUCUGCUGUAUCCAGUGCCCCUGAUCCACAGGGUUGCCAUUGUCAGCGAGAAGGGAGAAGUACGAGGAUUUCUGCGUGUAGCUGUACAGGCCAUUGCAGCGGAUGAAGAAGCUCCUGAUUAUGGCUCUGGAAUUCGACAGUCAGGAACAGCUAAGAUAUCAUUCGAUAACGAGUACUUCAGUCAGAAUGACUUUUCUUCGGUUGCAAUGACCCGUUCUGGUCUUUCCUUGGAGGAGUUGAGAAUAGUGGAAGGACAGGGUCAGAGUUCUGAGGUGAUCACUCCCCCAGAAGAAGUCAAUCGAAUGAAUGACUUAGAUUUGAAGUCAAACACUUUGCUGAAUGGUAAGAUGGUUAUGGAAGGGUUUUCUGAAGAGAUUGGCAACCACCUGAAACUGGGCAGUGCCUUCACUUUCCGAGUAACCGUGUUGCAGGCCAGUGGAAUCCUUCCAGAGUAUGCAGACAUCUUCUGUCAGUUCAACUUUUUGCAUCGGCAUGAUGAAGCGUUCUCUACCGAACCACUCAAAAACAACGGCCGAGGAAGUCCUCUAGGUUUUUAUCACGUGCAGAAUAUCGCGGUGGAAGUCACUGAGUCGUUUGUGGAGUACAUCAAAACCAAGCCCAUCGUUUUUGAGGUCUUUGGACAUUAUCAGCAGCACCCACUUCACCUGCAAGGACAGGAGCUUAACAGCCCACCUCAGCCAUCACGACGGUUCUUCCCUCCGCCCAUGCCGCUCUCUAAGCCAGUUCCAGCCACCAAAUUAAACACCAUGAGCAAAACCAGCCUUGGCCAGAGCAUGAGCAAAUAUGACCUUCUCGUUUGGUUUGAAAUCAGUGAACUGGAGCCCACAGGAGAAUAUAUUCCAGCUGUGGUUGAUCACACUGCAGGCUUGCCUUGCCAGGGGACAUUUUUACUUCACCAGGGCAUCCAGAGAAGGAUCACAGUGACCAUCAUCCAUGAGAAGGGGAGUGAGCUCCACUGGAAGGAUGUACGGGAGCUGGUGGUCGGCCGUAUUAGGAAUAAGGCUGAGGUGGAUGAAGCUGCAGUUGAUGCCAUCCUUUCCUUAAAUAUUAUCUCUGCCAAGUACCUGAAGUCGUCCCACACCUCCAGCAGGACCUUCUACCGCUUUGAGGCCGUGUGGGACAGCUCCCUGCAUAACUCCCUCCUUCUGAACCGAGUGACUCCCUAUGGAGAAAAGAUCUACAUGACCUUGUCUGCGUACCUGGAGCUGGAUCACUGCAUUCAGCCAGCCGUCAUCACCAAGGACGUCUGCAUGGUCUUCUACUCCCGAGAUGCCAAGAUCUCACCACCACGCUCUCUGCGCAGCCUCUUUGGCAGUGGCUACUCGAAAUCUCCUGACUCCAAUCGAGUCACUGGAAUUUAUGAACUCAGUUUAUGCAAAAUGGCAGACACCGGUAGUCCAGGCAUGCAAAGGAGGAGAAGGAAGAUCUUGGAUACGUCAGUGGCAUAUGUCCGGGGAGAGGAGAACCUAGCAGGCUGGCGGCCCCGCGGGGACAGCCUCAUCCUUGAGCAUCAGUGGGAGUUAGAGAAGCUGGAGCUCCUCCACGAGGUGGAGAAAACCCGGCACUUCCUGCUGCUGCGUGAACGACUUGGUGACAGCAUCCCCAAAUCCCUGAGUGACUCACUGUCCCCUAGCCUCAGCAGUGGAACCCUCAGCACCUCCACCAGCAUUUCCUCUCAGAUCUCAACUACCACCUUUGAAAGUGCCGUCACACCCAGUGAGAGUAGUGGCUAUGACUCAGCGGACAUUGAAAGCCUUGUGGACCGAGAGAAAGAGCUGGCAACCAAGUGCCUGCAACUUCUCACUCACACUUUCAACCGAGAAUUCAACCAGGUCCAUGGGAGCAUCAGUGAUUGCAAAUUGUCUGACAUCUCUCCAAUUGGACGGGAUCCCUCUGUGUCCAGUUUCAGCAGUUCUACCCUCACUCCCUCAUCCACCUGUCCCUCUCUGGUGGACUCUAGGAGUAACUCUUUGGAUCAGAAGACACCAGAAGCCAAUUCCCGGGCCUCUAGUCCCUGCCAGGAAUUCGAACAGUUUCAGAUUGUCCCAGCUGUGGUGGAAACACCCUAUUUGGCCCGAGCAGGAAAAAAUGAAUUUCUCAAUCUUGUUCCAGAUAUUGAAGAAAUUAGAGCCGGCAACGUGGUCUCGAAGAAAGGAUACCUGCACUUCAAAGAGCCACUUUCCAGCAACUGGGCUAAACAUUUUGUCGUGGUCCGUCGCCCAUAUGUCUUCAUUUACAACAGUGACAAAGACCCGGUGGAGCGUGGGAUCAUCAACCUCUCCACAGCUCAGGUGGAGUACAGUGAGGACCAGCAGGCCAUGCUGAAGACACCUAACACGUUUGCCGUGUGCACAAAGCACCGCGGGGUCCUUCUGCAGGCGCUCAACGACAAAGACAUGAACGACUGGUUAUAUGCCUUCAACCCACUUCUUGCUGGCACAAUACGGUCUAAACUGUCUCGCAGACGCACGAGCCAGCUGAAGUACUGA